CUUUGCCGCAAUAACUUCCCAACCCAAGCUGAUUUCCUUUUCACACCAGCCAAAAAAAAAAAAAAUCCCAAAGAAUCUCUCUCUCUCUGUUUUGCAGUUGAAGUUUGAUUUGCUGACAAUGAUUCUUCGGUCGGUUUUAAUCGUGGUUCUGGUAGUGGGGAUUUUAUUCCCUGCAUCGCAAUCAUUACGGUUCGAAUUGCAAUCGGGACAUACUAAAUGCAUCUCCGAGGACAUCAAAGGCAAUUCAAUGACGGUCGGAAAAUACCACGUUGUCAAUCCGAACGAGGAUCACCCUUUGCCCGAUUCUCACAAGCUCACCGUCAGGGUAACGUCGUCGUAUGGGAAUAGUUUUCACUCGGCUGAGAAGGUGGAGACGGGGCAGUUCGCAUUUACGACGGCGGAGCAGGGAGAUUACAUGGCUUGCUUUUGGGCGCCGGAUCAUUCGCCGCAGAUGACGGUUACCGUAGAUUUUGAUUGGAGGACUGGUGUCCACGCUAAGGACUGGACUAAUGUUGCCAAGAAAGGCCAAGUCGAUGCGAUGGAACUGGAGCUGAAGAAGUUGUAUGAUACUGUUACUUCCGUUCACGAGGAAAUGUUUUAUUUGCGGGAAAGGGAAGAAGAAAUGCAGGAGCUGAACCGAGCUACUACCUCCAAAAUGUUCUGGUUGUCCUUCCUCUCACUUUUUCUUUGCCUGUCAGUAGCAGGGUUACAAUUUUGGCACUUGAAAACCUUCUUCGAGAAAAAGAAGCUCAUUUAAGUAUUGUAAGACAACAGUUGUUUUCUUCUGUACUCUUGUAAAAUAUUUUGGCGAAAA